AUGAGGACGCCACGCAGCCCGGUGACUAAUGUGUGGACACCGGAUAUCGGUGCCAUUUCUGUAUAUUGUGAGACUAGCUUGAUUUAUAGUCGAGUCAAAACGAAAUCAAACAUGGCCCAGUUGCAUAAGCGGCUGCGCUCGAAGCGACGCGGCAGAGAAAGCGGUUGGAGUCAAGGUAUUUCUGCUCAUAUUGACUCUGGCAAGACCACAGUAACGGAACGAAUUCUCUUCUAUGCAGGUCGGAUCGACUCCAUGCACGAGGUUCGUGGUAAAGAUGAGGUCGGUGCUACUAUGGAUUUUAUGGAGUUGGAGAGGCAACGAGGAAUCACGAUUCAGUCUGCUGCUACAUACGUCGAUUGGCAUGGAAUAAAUAUAAACAUAAUCGACACACCCGGUCAUGUGGACUUCACCGUAGAAGUGGAGAGAGCACUGCGUGUUCUUGAUGGUGCUGUGUUAGUACUUUGUGGUGUUGGCGGUGUGCAGUCCCAAACCUUUACCGUAAACCGACAGCUCAGUAGAUAUAAUGUUCCAUUCAUUUGCUUCGUGAACAAGCUGGACAGGAUUGGCGCUACGCCGUUUCGUGCUUUAUAUGGACUACGUAACAAGCUUAAACACAAUGCUGCUCUUAUUCAGCUACCGAUUGGCAAAGAUUCUGGUUUCCGCGGUGUUGUCGAUUUGAUAGAGGAGCACUCUCUUUUCUAUGAAGGAGAUGAAGGACUAGUGGUUCGAAUUGACGAAAUUCCUGACAAUAUGAGAGUGCAGGUGAAAGAAUUCAGAGAAGAAAUGAUAGAGCAUUUGGCAAAUGGAGAUGAGAUUAUCGGAGAGAUGUUCCUUAACGAUGAAAGUCCCAAUGCCGAACAGAUUCAUGCUGCCAUCCGUAGAUCUGUCAUAAAACGGACAUUUUUACCAGUUGUGAUUGGAUCAGCGCUGAAAAACAAGGGUGUGCAAUCAAUGGUCGACAGCGCGGUACGAUACCUGCCUAAUCCAAGCGAAGUAACUAAUCGAGCUGUUGUCAGAAGUGGAAGGACGCUGGAUGAAGCCCAGCCUCAAGAACAAGCUGGAUUUCGCCAAGGUUUCAGCUGCUUGGAUCACAUCCAGACCGUGUCGAGGAUCAUAGAGGUUUGCCAAGAAUACCGCCUGCCCCUUGUUCUAACCUUCGUCGACUAUGAGAAAGCCUUUGACAGCGUAGAAACGAAUACAAUACUGUCAGCGCUGGUCGAUCAAGGUGUGGACGCGUCGUAUGUGAGGACAUUAGCCCAUUGCUACGAUCGAUGCACGACUAGGAUACAGCUUUUCCACUGCCCUCUCACCAUACCCAUUGGAAAGAGAGUACGACAAGGCGAUACUAUAUCGCCGAAGCUGUUCACGGCUGCAUUGCAAUGGAUAAUGAAAUCACUAUCCUGGGAAGAAAGGGACGAUUCUCUGCUCUAA